UCUCUAUCACGUAUACAAGAAUAAUUAUAUGCGAGUACAACUUCAAGCACCAUCCACUCAAUAACAACAUUAUUGUUUUUAGGUUGUCCGUAAAAAUCCUAGACAUAUUAUCUUCAAUUCUCUUCUUUAUUUUUUUCUCCACACCACACCACCACAAUUCGUACGUGGCAACUUUUAGAGACAAAGAGAGAAAGAGUUGGAGGGAAGGGGAUUUUUCUCUCCUGUAGGAUUUUUAACCCUACAUUUUUCCUAUUCCAACGUUUUCAUAUAUAUUUUUAUACAAUCAGAAGUCCUUAAUAAAUUUGGAUUGGACAGUACUACCUCCGUCCUAGUUUAUUGAUGCUUCUUGUAUUUUGUGUCAAAUUUUGACCAGAGAUUUAACUAACAAAACAUUAGUGCAUGUCAUAAAAAAUAAUCGAAUCGAAUAAUAUUAUUUUUUAUGACACAUUUUGUUAGUUAAAUCUACGGUCAAAAUUUGGCACGAUGAAGACCAAUAUACCACGACGAAGGUAGUACUCCAGUACUCCACUAGCACUUGAAAACGUAGACGCUUCUUCCCAACACUCCCAUGCAGGAUUAAUAUAUACUCCCUCCGUUCCUAAAUAUAAGUCUUUUUAGAGAUUUCAAUGCGGACUACAUACGGAGCAAAAUGAGCGAAUCUACACUCUAAAAUAUGUCUAUAUGCAUUCGUAUGUAGUUCUUACUAAAAUCUCUAAAAAGACUUAUAUUUAGGAACAGAGGGAGUACUACUAUACGCUAUUGCAUGCAGGUUGCGUGUGUGGAGCAUGCAGCUGGGACUGCGGCUCCGGAGCAGUACUGGAAGUCUCUUCUUCCCAACACUCCAAUGCCAAGCUCCCUCUUUCAGCUCCUCAACGCGUCGUCGGUGAGCGCCAGUGUGGGGGCGGAGCAUCAGAAGCCCAGGGGCACCACGGUGGGCGUUCGCACCCGCUUCAGAUACCACACAUACCUCAUGGGCACAACGGAGGUGCACGCCGACCCCAGUGUCGCGCUCUUCUUCCUGAAGAAGGACCUGCAGAUGCGCACCGGCCAAAAAAAGUUGAUGAAGGUCGAUUUCAUGGCCACCCGGGGGGCAGGAGACAAGUUUUUGCUGCGAAGCGAGGCCGACGCCAUCCCAUUCACCACCGAGAAGCUCCCACAAAUCCUUAGCCGCUUCUCCGUGAAGCCGGGCUCCCUUGAGUCGUCGGAGAUGGCGCAGACGCUUCAAGACUGCGAAGCGCGGGCGGCCCAAGGUGAGCAGAUGUGGUGCGCCACGUCUCUGGAGUCCAUGAUCGACUUCGCCAUGUCAAGCCUCGGGAGCAACGAGCUGAGGGCCAUGUCCACCGCCGUUGGCAAGGAGGGAACACCGAUGCAGGAGUACACAUUGACCAGCGUGACGCACCCCGCCGCUGACCAGCUCGUGGUCUGCCACAUGGAGCCGUACGCAUACGCCGUGUUCGCAUGCCACCUGACACGGGCGACGAGGGCGUACAUAGUGUCGAUGGCCGGUGAGGAUGGCACGGACGUCGAGGCCGUCGCGCUGUGCCACGCGGACACGGCCGGCUGGAACCCAACGCACGUCGCCUUCCAGGUGCUCAAGGUGAAGCCCGGCACUGUGCCGGUCUGCCACCUGGAAUCACGCUGGCAACCAGCAAAGUCAUACAAGACCGAAAGCUAUGCCAUGGUGGAGUAAUAAAAAAGGAAAACUCCAAAGCGAUCAAAACUUUGGCACCUCUCAUAUUCGUGUGUCUCUAUUACAUCGUAUGUACUGGUCUUUGAAAUGGAUCACUGCAGUUUGCAGGCAGCACCUGCUUGCAUUGCAUGGUAAAAUUUGGACAACACAGGGUAUAGCCGAUUAUUUGAACUAGGGAUGAAUUCUUAUUAGUUUCUGCUAUACAUAAAUCUAUGGAUGUGCGUUUUUGUUUUAGCUUAGAGUAUGAUGAUUGCCCUAACCUUCAAGCUGUGGAAAUGUUUCAGGUCUCAGAUCAUAUAUAGAAGUCUUUUCGGUGGUCCCUUCGAGCUUCAGCCAGAUUCACUUGUGUUCGCACUGGCUAAGUUCCUAGUGUCUGGGUAGCUUUUGGUUCAUGAGAUUAACUAUUUGGGCGGAAUAGUAGUUUAUCCUCUGUUAUGUUGAUCUAUCUGAGCAGUAUAUGGUGUAGACAACACACCUUAUUUCGCUCUGUUUCCUUAACCAUUUCUUUCUUCUGAAAAUCUCGAUGCUUAAACAACAUGUUUCAUUCUUGUAGUAUUGGAACAGGUUGAUUACUUGUGCACACGGUGCAUAGCACCACGGACCGCCAACUACACCUUUUGCAUAUUAUUACCAUUCAAAAAAGAAAAAAAAACAUCUAGUGCAGAUUGUGGAGACUGCAUGUAUACUGUGAUGUUUCGCUGGCGUCUACCAGAGCUUGAGUUCCUGUUCAGCAGAUUCACUCCUGUUGUCCAACUCAUAGUAAGGAAUUCAUCAUUUUAUAUUGUUCACUCUUUUGACCUUGGAUCCAUUACUCGGAUUCUGCAGAACAAAUCACAGCUAAUAGUGAAUUCAGCAGUUGGCCGUUUGCAUCCAGACAAGAGAAGUGAGGGAUGGGAGCCUCUGUCUUCAUAUCUCGACGAAGUGCUGCGCACUUCUGCGCCGACUCUAUCAAAGGUAAUUAUAGUACAUGUGGUUCUUCUGUUGCAUGAUGGAUUAAUCGGGCAUUGGAUACUAAUUUGCAGGGGUCUCUCUCCCUCUUGACCAACCUGAAGUCUGAAACCCUAUGGAGGAGGAAGCUACUAGAGUAUGACUCUAUCUCGCGCCUCCUCCUUGGCUUCUCCACACCGCCAGUGUCCCUCCAGCCUUCACACCCCCUGCAAUCUGCUCUGCCCAUUGCCACGCCAGGCCCGUGCUCCCCAUUCAUAACAUCUUCCUCAGCCUCCUCUCUUCUCC